UCUCAAUGACUCAUUUUUUUAAUAUUAAUUUUAUAAGUUUGAGUAUUUGUGUGUGUUAGAUUCAAAAUUACAAGUGUAUAUUUUUUAUAGAAAAUUGAAUAUAAUACUGUCAUUUUUUUUAGUUAACUCGAUACCCAAGAUAAAUAUUUCGUGAAAUUUAUAAUCUGAUAAAGAAAUACAAAAAAAAAAAAUAAAACAAAAAAUAAAUGUUGGUUGUCAGUGAUGAAUAAUAACGAUACUGUUGUUGUUGAAGAGAGUGGUGAGAUAAAUCACAUUGAUAAUCAGCCAAAUGAAAAUUCAAGUAGACAUGUGUCACCAUUGAUAUAUACUCAAUCGGGUAAAUCAUGUCCUAGUCAAUCAAUAGCAACAGCUCGAAAAUUACUACCAACAUCAGCAACAAUAAUUAGUCCUGAUAGUUCUGCUGUAACAUUGUUUGUUGGGCAUGCACUUGCUGGUGCAUUAACAACAUCAUCACCAACAACACCAGGACAAAAACCUAUUCUUUCCAGAAAACAAACACCCCAAAUUAUUCAUACAACAACAGCUGUACUAUCAACAGCACCAGCAGCAGCAAUAGCAACGACAACAGCAACACAAAUUAAUCAAAAUCAAACUGUUAAACAUGGUAUUUCAACAGUUGCUCUUAAACCAACAAUACCACAUGAAUCUGUUGUUUUUCCAGCAGGCACGAUUCCAGUUGGUCAAAUACUUAAACAAAAAAUAAUUACUCCAAUGUUACCUCAAAUUGGUCAAACUUCAACUAGUAAUAAUUUACAGCCACAAAAUCCAAUAACAAAUAUAAUAUUACCACAACAACAAAUACAACAGCUACAACAACAACAACAACUACAACAUCAAUUUCAACAACAACUACAACUACAACAGCAACGACUACAACAAUUACAACAACAACAUUUACAUCAACAACAACAACAACAACAUUCACAGCCACAAAAUUUAUUAAAUAAUAUACAAUUUAAGCACACUCCAGUUAUCAGUGAUACCAUCAAAAAUUUAAGUCCAGUACUAAAAGAAUCUACAACAACAAAUUCAACUCAAAAUCCUCCACCACUUCAUCCAAUAUCAAGAAUGAGUCUAUUAAAUCAAAUAAAAAGUAACACAGAAAGUUUAAAAUGUGAUUAUCCAGGUGCUGUUUUAACGAGAAUUCCAAGAAAAGAAGAACCAGAAAAACGUAGAAGAACAAUAAGUAAUAUAUUAUCACGUAAUCGUGAUAAAACAUUGAAAAAUCAACAAUUUAUAAAUUCAAUUGAUAUUGAACCAGAUAAAAAGAAAAAAAUUAAAAAACAAAAAUUAACACAUACAUUAGAUAUAAAUAAUUGUACAAUUAUUAAUUCAGAUAAUAAUGAUACAGAUCAACAAAAAAUAAUUAAAAAUAAUGAUGAUAUAACAUUGAUAAAAAUUGUACAAAAUGACAAUGAUGUUAUUCAAAAUUUAAAUAAAUCUGAUGAUCGAGCAAUGGAGAUAGUUGAAGAAUCAACAAGUCAUAAUAAUGAUGUGUCUAAUGAUAAAAUUACAAAAGUAAUUGAAACAAAUACAAAUGGAAAAAUUAAUGAUGAAAGUAAUGAUAAUAUAACUAAUGGAAAUCAUUCAGUUGAAUUAAAUAUUGAUUCACCAAAAAAUAAUAAUUGGAAAGAUGGUGUUGGUACACUUCUUGGUACUUCAAUCAAGAAUUCAUCAACAACAAGUGGUCAAAAUGUGGUUGAUGUGGAAAAUAAAUGUGUUAAUACAAAUGACACUCAAGCUAAGGAUAAUAAUCAAGAUGUUAAAUUGAAUAAAAAGAAAAAAGCUUUACAGCUAUAUUCAUCGGAUGAUGAUAAAAAUAUAUCUGAUACUUUUUGUACAUGUGAAGGUUGUGGUCUUCAUGGUUAUCUAGCUGAAUUUGAAAGUUUAAUAUCAUGCAGUCCAAAAUGCACAGAACAAAUUGAAAUAUCAAAACAACAAAAAUUGAGAAAAGAAAAAGAUAAUAUUUUUCAACGUAUUAAAAGAAGACGUAAAAAAGAAGAAAAGCAAGCUAAAGAACAACAUGAUACAAAAGAAAAUGAUGAAAAAGAUUUAACAAAUGAAAAUGAUGAUGAACAAGAGUUAAAAGAAAAAGAUAAUAAUAAUGAUGUUGAAAAAUUAAAAGAUGCUGAUGUUGAAAAAGAAAAAGAAAAAUUAAAAAAUGCUGGUGUUGAAAAAGAAAAAGAAAAAUUAAAAGAUGCUGGUGUUGAAAAAGAAAAAGAAAAAGAAAAAGAAAAAGAAAAAGAAAAAGAAAAAGAAAAAGAAAAGGCAAAAGAAAAAGAAACUGAUAUAAAAAAACGUGAAUAUAAUAAAAAAAAGGAUAAUGAUAAAAAAAAAGAUGUUGAAAAAGAAAAAUUAAAUGAUAAAGAUAAAGAAUUGGAAUUAAAAAAUGUAUAUGAUUCAAUUGAAGAAGUAAUUGAUAAAGUUGUUGAAGAAUCAGUUGAACAAAAUAAUGAUUCAAAAUCAGAAUCAGAUAGUGAUACAAAAGACAUAAUAACAAAUGAUGAUGAUGAAAGUCAAAGUGUAGCAUCAUCUGAUAAAAAAUAUCCAUGGCAAAAAGCUAAAAAAGGUUUUUCAUGGUCAAAAUAUCUUGAAUAUUGUAAAGCAAAAGCAGCACCACAAAGAUUAUUUAAAGAAACACAACCAUAUGGUAAAAAUUUAUUUAAAGUUGGUAUGAAACUUGAAGGUAUUGAUCCAGCACAUCCAUCACAUUAUUGUGUAUUAACAGUAUCAGAAGUUGUUGGUAAUCGUAUACGUUUACAUUUUGAUGGUUAUCCAGAAAAUUUUGAUUAUUGGGUUAAUUGUGAUAGUAUGGAUAUAUUUCCAGUUGGUUGGUCAGAAAAAAAUAAUCAUCAACUUGAUCCACCAAAGGGUUAUGUUGCUAGUAAUUUUAAUUGGAAUGCAUAUUUAAAAACUUGUAAAGCAACAGCAGCACCUAAAAAUGCAUUUUCAAUUAAAAAUUUUGCAUCAACACCAACAGCAUUUCGUGUUGGUAUGAAACUUGAAGCUGUUGAUAGAAAACAUGGUGGUAUGAUAUGUGUUGCAAGUAUUGCUGGUGUUAUGGAUUCACGUAUACUUGUACAUUUUGAUUCAUGGGAUGAAGUAUAUGAUUAUUGGGCUGAUGCUAGUUCACCAUAUAUACAUCCAGUUGGUUGGUGUCAUCAAUAUGGACAUAGUUUAACACCACCAAAUAAUUAUAAAGAUCCAAAACAAUUUACAUGGGAUUCAUAUUUACGUGAAACAAAAUCAAUUGCAGCACCAAGUAGAGUUUUAAAACAACGUCCACCAUGUGGUUUUAAACGUGGUAUGAAAAUUGAAGCUGUUGAUAAAAGAGUACCACAAUUAGUACGUGUUGCAACAAUUAUUGAUGUUAAAGAUCAUACAUUAAAAAUACAUUUUGAUGGUUGGCCAGAAUCACAUGCAUAUUAUGUUGAAGAUGAUUCAUCAGAUAUACAUCCACAAGGUUGGGCAUCUAAAACUGGUCAUCCACUUGAACCACCAUUAACACCAGAAAUAUUAAGUGAAGCAACUGAAUGUGGUACACCUGGUUGUCGUGGUAUUGGACAUAUUAAAGGACCAAGAUUUGCUGCACAUAAUUCACCAUCUGGUUGUCCAUAUUCACCACAAAAUUAUAAAAAAAUUAGAAUAACAUCUGAUAGAUUAAAUGUUAAACAUGAAAUUGCUGAUUAUGAUGAUGAUUCAUUAAUUAAACAUGAAAUUAAAAUUGAGGGUAGAAUUAAAGAUAGAAGUGAUAGAAGUGAAAGAUUUGCAGCAAGAGAUGAAAAAAUUGCUAAAUUAGAAAUGGAUCUUAAACAAGAAUAUGAUGAUGGUUUUUCAGUUAAAUAUGAAUCAACAGAAAAUUUAGAAAGAUCUCAAAAAUAUCAUCGUCAUCGUAAUAACAGUGAUGGCGGAUCAGACGAUGAAGAGCACGUGACUAAAAAAAAACGAAAAAGACGACAAGUAUCGGAAGAACGUAAUUUAUCAUUAUCAAAUUCAGUGUCAAGUGAUAAUUUUACAUCUGGUACUUACGCACCAAAUAUGCCUGAUAAACAAUUACGUAAAGAAUUAUAUCAAAGUGUUUAUAAUCCUGGUUAUAAACCAUUACCAGAUGCUCCACAUGUUUGGGCAAAACAUAGUAAUGCAUUAAAUCGUGUUGUUGCUAAGCAAAACACUAAUCCAAGAAGAUGGUCAAAUGAAGAAGUCAUUAAAUUUAUCCAGGGUGUACCAAAUUGUAAAGACAUUGGGAGUAUUUUUAGAAAGCAUAGCAUUGAUGGCGAAGCUUUUUUGAUGCUUACACAAGAAGAUUUGGUUAAACUUUUGGGUCUUCGAUUGGGUCCUGCCAUUAAAUUGUACAACAGUAUUGUACUUCUACGUCGUCGUGUUACAUGAGAUAUCUUUGAAGUAUUUUAUACACCUCAAAAAUUGGUGUACAUAUAAAAUAAAUAUUAAUAUAUAAGUUUCUAACAACAAAAAAAAAAAAAUGAAUAAAUGAAAAGAUAUUUUUUUUUUUCAUUAAAUAUUUAUCAAAAGUUAUUUUCUAUAGUGAUUAAGUAAUCAUAGAAAAUACUGGUAAUAAUAAUAUAACUUAAACUUUCCAAAAUUGUUGUUAGAAAAAUUUUAAAACAACGUGAAUACUUGUGUCCUAUUAUUAUACAAUUAAAAAAACAGGAAUGGCUUUUUUUUUUUCUCUUGUUUUUUUUUAGGUUUUAAUUUUUUUCAAUAAUAAUAUUGUAAAAAUGUAUAUAAAUAUAUAUAAUAAAAUUCAUAAAUAUAGAUAAU